AUGUCCGGAAUUACCCUCAUCGUCCUCCUCGCAAUCGCCAACACCCUCGGCCGAGUCAGCUCAAUCGGCGGUAGCUCGCUAUUAGACCGGCCGUUCAACUCGCUCUUAACGGAUCGUGACUAUGCCGACGCGGACGUUAAAGCGGGGAUGUACGGCUCUACGGACGGCUUUUCCGACGUGGAAGGGUCGUCGGAAAAGAGCUCUGGAGGGAUGCGGGUGGGGAUCGAAACGCAGAUCGAUCCGUGUGGAGGGAUUGGUCUAAGUCCGGGGAACGACAACUGCUUCGGAUCGUGUAAACGUCGGACCAAGUCGGGACACUGCGUGAAGGAGCUGUUCAAGCUUUACGACGACGCCUAUAAGCCCCUGUUGCCGGCGCGGGUGGACCUGCUGAUUCGCAGCUACGUGUCGGACACACCUCUGUGGCCGGCGCGAGUGGACCUGCUGAUUCGCAGCUACGUGUCGGACACGUUCUUCCUGCUGGAGAUGCUCUUCGACAGCAUCGAGCAGAUGUGGCCACGUGGCAUCGGUGACGUCAUCCUGGUGCUGGACGAGGACAACCAAAUCGUGGAGGACAUCGUGCCCACGUGGAUCAAGGUGUACUACGAGAAGAACUAUCUGAAGCUUCCUGGAAAGAUCCUCCAGCAGUGGAGCUACCUGUGGGCCGACAACUACACCACUGCUCCGUACAUUGCCAUCAUAGAUGAUGACGUCAUCUUCAACCUCAAGGGCUACUCUUUCAAUCUCACGGACCGCGAGCCACCCCUUCAUAUUCCUAUCCCCCGUUGUCGUCCCCCCACUCACCUCUCCCCACUCCAGGUGACCCCGGGUCUUCUUUUUAACCUGACGGACGGCAAGCCGUAUGUGAUAGGCAGCCGGCAGAAGCAGAUGAACCACUGGGUGCCCUCCACCCAUUACUUCGUGGGCAAGCCCUACUACUUCGCCAACUUCAUGGUGCAGCUGCCCUUUGUCUUCCCCCGUGACGUGCUACCCAAGUUCCGAGACCACGUCACGCGCAUCCGCGACGGCAAGUUCGCCAGCUUUGACGCCGCCUUCCUCAACUUUGCGCGGCAUGGGCCCAAGUUCGAAAGGACGCAGAUCGCCCACACGACUCUGGGCAAUUUCAUGUGGGCCUUCACACAGGACGAGGUGCACUGGGCGCUAGAGUGGACCAACCAUGUGCCCAUCCCACGUGUGGGCGUGCACAUGUCCUACUCACAGCCCUUCCGCACAGCCACCAACAACAGCGACAACGCCCCCCGCGUCGUCAAGAUCUACGUGGCUCUAGCAGGCUACUACGCCCACGAGGCCCUGUGCCACGCGUUUCCCAAGGGCGCGCUCGAUCGGUGCGGCGAUGUGUUGAAAUAUGAGCAGCGGCAGAUCUGGCAGUAUGUAAUGGACUGGUAUGAUUGGCCGGCGAUCAAGCACAAGAGGAGGAACGCGACGUUUGUGUAUGAUUUGUAUAAGCGCGAGCUGGCGUGCAUGUAUGGGAAGGUGGUGGAUGCGCGUACUAACGAGUGGACGGAUCAUAUUAUAGGGAGGCGAAGGGAGCUGGUGAAUGAGAUGACGAGAGACUGUGCCACGCCACACUCUAUUUAA